UGUUCGAAAGCCCCGGGGCUGAGCGGGGCUGGGCUGGAGGAGCUGCGGCUGCUCCAGCGAGGCGCGGGCAGGGGCCGAGUCUCCGCUUCCUUCCUUAGCCCCUCUCUCGGCCCCUCUCUCGGCCCCUCUCUCGGCCCCUCUCUCGGCCCUCUCCCCGGGCAGCACUGGCCCGUAACGAGGUACAGCCGCCGCCGCGUGGGGAGGCGGCCCCGAGCCGGGGUGCGUGGGGGCACCCGCAGGGGCUUCUCGUGGCCCUGCUCUGUGAGCUGACCUGACGGGCCUCGAGCGAAGAUCACGACUGACGGUCGAGGGCACAAAGCACUCGGCUUUGUGUUCGCUCUUUUCUUUUUUUCCCCGUUCUGCGGCAUCAUGGGGAUCCAGGGCCUGCUCCAGUUUAUUAAGGAGGCUGCCGAGCCUUCCCACGUGAAGAAAUACAAAGGGCUGACGGUAGCUGUGGACACCUACUGCUGGCUGCACAAAGGCGCCUACGCUUGUGCUGAGAAGCUGGCCCGAGGAGAGCCCACGGAUUUUUAUGUAGCUUUCUGUAUGAAACUUGUUCAUAUGCUGCUCUCAUUUGGAAUCAAACCAAUUUUGGUAUUUGAUGGAUGUACCCUACCUUCUAAGAAGGAAGUGGAAAAGGCACGACGAGAGAGACGUCAAGCCAGUCUUCUGAGAGGGAAACAAUUGUUGCAGGAAGGGAGACUGUCAGAAGCUAGAGAAUGUUUUGGGCGCAGUGUAAAUAUUACCCAUGCUAUGGCUCAUGAAGUUAUUAAAGCUGCUCGUGCCCAGGGAGUUGAUUGUAUUGUUGCUCCUUAUGAAGCUGAUGCUCAGCUGGCUUAUCUUAAUAAGGUUGGCAUAGUUCAAGCUAUAAUUACUGAAGACUCUGAUCUUUUGGCUUUCGGAUGUAAAAAGGUGUUUCUGAAAAUUGACAAGUUUGGAAAUGGACUAGAGAUAGAUCAAAGUCGGCUAGGAAACUGCAAGCAGCUUGGAAAUGUAUUUACAGAAGAGAAAUUCCGUUACAUGUGUAUUCUUUCUGGUUGUGACUACCUCCCUUCAAUUCAUGGAAUUGGGUUAGCUAAAGCAUGCAAGUUACUAAAAUUAGCCAACAAUCCAGAUAUUAUAAAGGUUAUUAAGAAAAUGGGGCAGUACUUGAAGAUGAAUAUAACAGUAUCAGAAGAAUACAUACAGGGUUUUACCAGAGCUAAUAAUACAUUCCUGUAUCAGUUAGUUUUUGAUCCUGUCAACAGAAAAUUAGUUCCUCUGAAUGCAUAUGGAGAUGAUGUUGAUCCAGAAACACUAACUUACGCAGGACGACAUGUUGGUGAUGAUACUGCUUUUCAAAUUGCUAUUGGCAAUAUUGAUAUCAAUACAAUGGAACAAAUUGAUAAUUAUAACCCUGACAUGGCACAGCCUGUGCAGCAGAGAAGCUGUGGCUGGAAUGACCGACGUGAUAAUCAUGUCAAUAGCAUUUGGAACAGAGAAUACAAGUUUGGCCCCGCUGAAGAUCCUGCUCCUCCUAAAAUGUGUUUCCCAGAGAAACCAAUAACCAAAGGCAUGGAGAAAAUAAUCAGUGUUAAAGGACUAAAGCUUGCAGGCAAAGAGCUCUUGGCAAAAAGGCCGAGGAGUGAUUCAGAAGAAAUAUCAGAUGGAGACCUGUUGAUGCAAUAUUCAUUUUCAAAAACAAAAAGAAUCAAGAAGGAGAAUGAUAAUGAUGGUCAAGCACAAAAGAAUGUGUCAGCAAUGAAAAGCCUUGAUUCUCCAGGAAUUUCCAUCACUCAAGACAGCUCUAACUCUGUACCCAGAGUUAGAAAUAAAUUUGCUUCCUUUUUACAAAAGAAAAGCAAAGAGAAGGAUGCUGUAAUUGUUCCAGGAACAAGAAGCAGGUUUUUCUGCAAUGAUGCAGUUAUGUUUGACAGUACAGCAAAGAAGGAAGAUGGUGAUCUAACUCAAGAUGCUGAGCAGGAUUGCCAGAAACAGGAAGUAAAACAGGUAGCUGAAGAUGUUUCUAGGUUUUCAGAAACUGAAAAAUCAUCACGGACUGUGUCAGCAUCUCCUGGAGAAAUGCAGAAAAGUUAUUUCAAGUGGUUUAGCAGCCUCAAAAGUAACUCAGGAAAUCUUGGUCCAUCUCAUGUUGUGUUUUCACAGCAGUUUUACCAACAGAGAAGCAACUGCACUGUAUCCCAGGAAGAUCAGAUUAAUGGGGCAAUGUGUGAUGAAUCAGAGGAAGAGUCCACCCCCUUAAUAGAACUGGAACAGUCAUCGCAGUCUGAUGGGUCUUGUGAGCCAUCAGAAUGCAGUUUGGAGUCUUCAGAAAUCCUACAAGUGUCCAAAAACAGCUCAGGUGAAAAGGAAUCUGAUUCCAGUUCAAAACUAAAUGAUGGUCGAUGUUCUCUGUCUCUGCUAUUUUCUGCUGCUCAAACUAACAAAAAAAGUACAAUCAUAAAGACCAAGGUUCCUGGAUUACGUAAAUCCAGUAAUAUGAAGUCACAUAUGGUAACAAAGCUCAAGCCAUUGAUACCAGCUAAAGUAAGUGGAUUAAGCAGGAAACUGUCACCUGUGCAGAAGAGAAAGGACUGUGAUACUGAAAAUAAGCUGGGGCUGCAAUCAGUGAAAUCAAUUGGUGACCUCUGGAAAAGCUUCCAAUUUAAAAGGGAGUAUGAAAAACUUCCUUCUUGUAGAAAGUCAGAUCCUUUGUCUCCAAUCAAAGAUAAUAUACAGCUCACUCCAGAAACAGAAGAAGAAAUUUUUAAUCGUCUGGAAUGUAGUCAUGUUCAGAGAGCUAUAUUCCAAUGAACUGCGUGCUCUUCAUAAUUGGAUGGAUUUUUAAUCAUUGUCAAAAUUUACCUUUUGGAUAUUACAUCAAAAAGAGGCUUUGAAAACCAGCAAUGUACUUUAGUCUGACUAGUGAUUUGUCAUCUCUUUUAUGAAGGUGUGAAUUGAAAGGUACAGUUCUACACCAACUGGAAUAAAAUAUUUCAGACUCCUCUGUUCUCUUAUUCAAAGUCCCCAUUUUUCUCCAAACACUUUGAGUUGCCCCCUGGGCAUUUUAUGUAGGUCUCACAUACAAUCCAAGUUUCUGAAAGAGCAGCAGUACAAGUUUUUGUCUUAAUUUGUAAUAAUUAAUAAUUUUUUGCCUCUUUCUUUUUUCCUUUUGAGGCUAAUCUGGCUUCAGUACAAGUAUAAAACUGCUGUUAAGUGUGCACAACAGUCUGCAGCAUACUUCCAGCACUCUGCUAACUAUUUCUUUUCCCUAUAAGGUAAGAGUUGCUCUCUCAACAGUUAGCUUUCUGUUUGAUUCAGUUGUGUUGGUGGUGGUAACAACUUGGGGUCUGCAGAAAGGAGUAUCACAAAUAUCUGGUCCCCAAAUUCUCACAUGAAUAGAAUGUUAUAAAAAAAAAAAAAGUACUCUUCUGUCUAACCUGUCUGUUUCAUAUUUAUAUUCUUCUCCAACAACAGACACCCAAAAUGCCAGUCCUCAGUGGUAGGGUUACAAAAUAGCAUUGUCAUCACAACAGGCCAAGCUUCAGUGUUCAACUAAAAGAAUGCAGGAGACUAGAGUCCUUGCUGUGUUUGAGUCAAUUACCAUGAAAUAGUAUGAUGGGAUUUCAGAUUUCUACCUUGCCAAUCAGGAUUUGAGUCAGUGUAAAGGUAUGUUUGAAACUUUUCUGUUUUUAGGAAUGGAUAGUAUUUCUGCGGCAAAUGAAGGUACAAAAAAGAUCUUAAUAUUUAUUUUCCAUUCCUGAGAUUAAUACUUUCACUCAGCCUUUGAGGUUUUUGCAAGAGUUUCAAGUUUGAAAUUACCUGUGAGAGGCAGAGGCUUUUAGGUUGCAAUGUACUUCUUUUUUCUAAGAGAAUUUCCGUCUAUUAAACUAGAUGAAACUAAAGUGACCAGCUGAAUUAAAUUACAAAGAAGCUGCUUAAAAGAAUGUUAUACAUACAUUUGUGGGAUCAGCCCUCUUUUUUUCUACUUGUGUGUUGAAGGUGUGCAUACAAGGAAUUGAAGCAAUGAUGCUCUAGGACAGGCUUUCUCUCAUUCACUAGAAAAUCCCUACAGCUGAAAAGCAGGAUUUUUAGUGUUGAUCUUCAGUGAGAAUUAUUUCAGGUAUGAUGUUACAAAUGUAGGCCAAGGAUAAAUGUGUUUCCAGUCAUAGAACAAUCACCUAGGAUAAAUUUUUAUGUGUUCCUACAAAUAUAAUAAAAAUGACAGAUUGAGUCUUUGAAGGGAAAACAUAAAAACACUUUAUUUUCAUCCAUUGCUUAUUUAUUGGCGUGGGAGUUGCAAGAUUAUUUUGUACAGUGCAUUCUUGUCUUUUUCCUGCCUUUUCAAUCAAAGGGCCAGUUGUUCCUGCUUUAGUGGAUCAUCGUAAGAGACACACUACUUGGUUUUGUACUAUGAAGGACAGGUGAUUUUAAGGGCUCUUAUCUUAUGUGCAAGCUACAUUGUUCUUAAAGCAGAUUUCUUAAAAAUAUUUCAGUUUAGUUCCCAAUUUGUGUUUUGGAGGUCUUGGGUACUGAUUUCACACUACAGAGGAUUCUUCUCAGAAAUAGAGGCAUCUGAUACAUUGCAUGUAAAUUACAUUACAUGUGUUACAUUACCUGUGUAAGCAUAAAUAGUAUUUUAUACUUUUAA